CGCGGGGCGGUGGGCUGGGCGCGGGGCGCACUCGGCUGCGCGUUGCGCUCCGGGUGCACGGUCGCGCCGGCAGCGGCUCAGGCUCCGGCUGCUCUCCCGCUGCAGCAGCCGCGCUGCUGGCCCCACUGGGCUCGGAUCCGGCCCCGGCCCCCUCGGCACCGCCUGCCCUGGCCCCGGCCCUGGCCCCGCGGACCAUGCGCUGGGCGCCCCCCGGGGAACCCGACCCGGCCAAGGGCCCGCAAAGACUAGGCUCCCGGGCCGGGGCCCCUCCCGGCCGCCCAGCUCUCGGCCGGCGCCCUGCCCAGCGUCCCAGAGCCGCGUGAGCCUGCGGGGCCAUGGAGCGCGCGCCGCCCGACGGGCCGCUGAACGCUUCGGGGGCGCUGGCGGGCGAGGCGGCGGCGGCGGGCGGGGCGCGCGGCUUCUCAGCAGCCUGGACCGCGGUGCUGGCCGCGCUCAUGGCGCUGCUCAUCGUGGCCACGGUGCUGGGCAACGCGCUGGUCAUGCUCGCCUUCGUGGCCGACUCGAGCCUCCGCACCCAGAACAACUUCUUCCUGCUCAACCUCGCCAUCUCCGACUUCCUCGUCGGCGCCUUCUGCAUCCCACUGUAUGUACCCUACGUGCUGACAGGCCGCUGGACCUUCGGCCGGGGCCUCUGCAAGCUGUGGCUGGUAGUGGACUACCUGCUGUGCACCUCCUCUGCCUUCAACAUCGUGCUCAUCAGCUACGACCGCUUCCUGUCGGUCACCCGAGCCGUCUCAUACCGGGCCCAGCAGGGUGACACGCGGCGGGCAGUGCGGAAGAUGCUGCUGGUGUGGGUGCUGGCCUUCCUGCUGUACGGGCCGGCCAUCCUGAGCUGGGAGUACCUGUCCGGGGGCAGCUCCAUCCCCGAAGGCCACUGCUAUGCCGAGUUCUUCUACAACUGGUACUUCCUCAUCACGGCUUCCACCCUGGAGUUCUUCACGCCCUUCCUCAGCGUCACCUUCUUUAACCUCAGCAUCUACCUGAACAUCCAGAGGCGCACCCGCCUCCGGCUGGAUGGGGCUCGAGAGGCAGCCGGCCCCGAGCCCCCUCCUGAGGCCCAGCCCUCACCACCCCCACCGCCUGGCUGCUGGGGCUGCUGGCAGAAGGGGCACGGGGAGGCCAUGCCGCUGCACAGGUAUGGGGUGGGUGAGGCGGCCACAGGCGCUGAGGCCGGGGAGGCAGCCCUCGGGGGUGGCGGUGGGGGCGGCUCCGCGGCUUCACCCACCUCCAGCUCCGGCAGCUCCUCGAGGGGCACUGAGAGGCCGCGCUCACUCAAGAGGGGCUCCAAGCCAUCGGCAUCCUCGGCCUCGCUGGAGAAGCGCAUGAAGAUGGUGUCCCAGAGCUUCACCCAGCGCUUUCGGCUGUCUCGGGACAGGAAAGUGGCCAAGUCGCUGGCCGUCAUCGUGAGCAUCUUUGGGCUCUGCUGGGCCCCGUACACGCUGCUGAUGAUCAUCCGGGCCGCCUGCCACGGCCACUGCGUCCCUGACUACUGGUACGAAACCUCCUUCUGGCUCCUGUGGGCCAACUCGGCUGUCAACCCUGUCCUCUACCCACUGUGCCACCACAGCUUCCGCCGGGCCUUCACCAAGCUGCUCUGCCCCCAGAAGCUCAAAAUCCAGCCCCACAGCUCCCUGGAGCACUGCUGGAAGUGAGUGGCCCACCAGAGCCUCCCUCAGCCACGUCUCUCUCAGCCCAGGUCUCCUGGGCAGCUGGCCCUGCUGCCCCCCACCGGCUCGUUCCCCCAGGGGUGAGCCCCGCCAUGUCUGUGGCCCUCUCUUAAUGCCACGGCAGCCUCUCUUAGGCCACCCACCCUGCCAUGGAGGCACCUUCCUGGGUUGGCCAGAGGGCCCCUCACUGGCUGGACUGGAGGCUGGGUGGCCGGCCCUGCCCCCCACAUUCUGGCUCCACCAGGAGGGACAGUCUGGAGGUCCCAGACAUGCUGCCCACCCCCUGCUGGUGUACACCCUGCGCAGUUACUGGUUGGUGUUCUUCCCAAAGCAAGCACCCGGGUGUGCUCCAGGCCUCCUGCCCUAGCAGUUUGCCUCUGCACGUGCACACCCCUGCACACCCCUGCACAGCCCUGCACACACCUGCACACCCCUGCACACACCUGCACACACCUGCACACCGUCCCUCUCCCCGGACAAGCCCAGGACACUGCCUUUGCUGCCUUCUGUCUCUUGCAUAAGCCUCAGGCCUGGCCCUUUCACCCCUCUUCCCACCAACUCUCUCUGCCCCCAAAAGUGUCAAGGGGCCCUAGGAACCUCGAAGCUGUUCUCUGCUUUUCCAUUCUGGGUGUUUUCAGAAAGAUGAAGAAGAAAACAUGUCUGUGAACUUGAUGUUCCUGGGAUGUUUAAUCAAGAGAGACAAAAUUGCUGAGGAGCUCAGGGCUGGAUUGGCAGGUGUGGGCUCCCACGCCCUCCUCCCUCCGCUAAGGCUUCCGGCUGAGCUGUGCCAGCUGCUUCUGCCCACCCCGCCUCUGGGCUCACACCGGCCCUGGUGGCCAAGCCUGCCCCGGCCACUCUGUUUGCUCAGCCAGGACCUCUGGGGGUUGUUGGGAGGAGGGGGCCCGGCCAGGCCCGAGGGUCCCGAGGCGUGCAGGGGCGGUCCAGAGGAGGUGCCCGGGCAGGGGCCGCUUUGCCAUGUGCUGUGCACCCGUGCCACGCGCUCUGCAUGCUCCUCUGCCUGUGCCCGCUGCGCUGCCCUGCAAACCGUGAGGUCACAAUAAAGUGUAUUUUUUUAUUGGUGCUGA